UGAUGAACACGAUCGAUGGUCGAUGAGGACCUGAUCCUUCACGAGGGCCAUGAAGGCACGAGGGCGAUCAUACAUGGACAGUAAACCACGUAAACCACCACCUUGCAGUUCGAACAUACGUCUUAGCCCAGCGCAUGUGCGUAACAGCGAGAUUCGAACGAUCUUAAUAUGGCGAAAGCGGCGACCAAAAAGACGGCGUCCAACAAUGAGGCAUAUCUGCGCAAUCUGCGGUUAGGUCUCAUCUUGGUCAACGCAAUAACGCUUGUCGUUAGGCUGGCAUACAAAGUCUUUCUGGGUCAUACAUUACUACCCAGAGGAUUCGGCCUGAAGUUUCUCAACGGUUCGGCUUUGAUCGUCACUCUGGCAAUCUAUCGGCAUUUCAACAAUAUCGGCACCCCGCAGAGAGACGUAGGAGGGAAUGUGACGAGAAGCGGAGAAGACCUGGAUGGUCAAGGAAUCAUUGAAUGGGCUUGGGACACCAUCUAUAUCACCUGGGCCUGUCAAAUCCUAGCGACGUUAUUGAGCAGCAAGUUCUGGCGCCCGGCAUCGGAGCCUAUAAGCUUUACAACACUUUCGCCCCUAUGCUGCGAUCGAUGCGCGGUGGCCCAGCUGUCCCGUCCGGUCAGACUCAAAAUGGGGCAGGAGCGCCCGAAGCGGCUCAGGCUCAAGAGGCGACUUCGAAGCGACAGGCGAAGCUAAAGGCGAGGUUGGACAGAGGCGAUAAAAGGGUCCAACAAAGAGAGGUUCGACGGGCUCAGUGAGAGUAUCAAGUAAAGCGCAUAAGCCCGAUGGGUCCAUAAAAUGAUAUCGUUAUGCUAUGGACAUCCCUGUAAUCGCCAGCCAAAUAUUCGACUGGCGAACUCAUACGAUAAUGGAUGUCACCCGCACGCUUCUAUCCUCGCUUGUACUGGCCAAUUCGAAGUGCGAAUUCGAUCGGGUUCCCUGUCGCCAAGAAAGUCUGGAUACUUGCUGUACAUGCCGUUCGCUGCAGAGACGUAAAGA